AUGAGCGUCAUCGACAUAUGUCCUGGAAAUUCUGGAAUCGUUUCUCAUUCGGCCAGGAGCCCAUCAUAUAAUGUGCACAUAUUGCGAGCAUCUCGUGGCGUAACGAGCAUCGAAGACAAUCUGAAGGAACAGGUCGGUCACCAUCAGCCAUGUGGAUUCUGCGGACGUUCGGGACACGAAGAAUGCAAGGUUCAGAUCAAGAUCGCAUUGAACAGCGGCACUGUUUCGAAGGUCGAAUCAUCCUGCCCUUACACCCACACAUUCCGCUAUCCCAAUGCCGACAUUGGCUCGAACAACAGACCCUGCCGCAAUGUCCCUAUCAAAUGCGAAUUGUGCCACCCAUCUUUGGCAUCCGUCACAGGCAAGAAAAGCCGUACCGCUCCUCCAUUCAUUGAUGCCGUUUGGCGUUACUACAAUAUGAUCCAGCACCUUGAAGAGGUCCAUUCACAGUACGCGCACCCAGAUAGUGUUAUUGGGCAUCCCCUUCCUGCGCAGAUCCUCGCAUCAUUCACGCUGACCGCUCUUGAACAAGAAGACGCGAAUAUUCCGACGUCGCGGUGGCUUAUGCCUCUUUUCGAGGGCGAGAAGGAAAAUGUCCAAGUUAAGGUCCGGUUCUCGCAAGCGGAAGACCGUUAGUAGCGGUAUCAGCACAAAUGCUAAGAAGGCUCGUAAAUCCGCAUAGUCAUUUUGUUUGUUUCAUUUUCUUCGCAUGCUUUUCACGAUCGCACGUACAAGACUCUCGCUCGCUCGCUAUCAUUUUGCUUUCUUACACUUGCUAUCUCAUGUUCUCGUGGAUUUCGUAGGUUGCAAUUGCAUAGUAUCACUCAGGAAUCAAUUCAUGCGUGUUUCUAUCUCAUUAUAUUGUAUACGACGCGUGAAUAUCGAGACGCGUCUCC